AUGAGUAGGUGGCCAGAAAAAGCGGCCGGCGCUGCGACACCUCUCGAGCAUCGCAUGGAAACGAAAUCGUAUGAAAUCGUGGCAUGGAAACGAGGGUACGAGGCGCACCAGUUCAAAAGGAAGCUGGAGCGAGUUCGCCAACGAGACGGCCUUUUGAGGCAAAACUCGCUGAGCGCGAUGGGAUUCGGGGACUUUCACGCUGACGGUCCCGACUGGGGCAGGGUCGUGAUGGUGGACGGUGGUGCCCGAAAGGGACGAUGUUCAAGAGGUGGUCUUCACGCCGUUGUCUUUGCGGCAGGACACGCCUGCACUGGUUAUCACUGGUUGCUCUUGGAAGAGCUUGGACCAAAGGUCUUGGUGGAAUACAAGGACUGCCCGAGGCAAGGACCCGAUGCCAAAGCGAAAGCGUUGGGGCGCCUGGGGCGCCGCUGGGUCCCGCUGGGUGUCCAUUGGUACCAGGGUUUCACUACCCAGAUCUAUCGUGCCAUGGCCGCUGGUGGCUACGCCGGCACUGCCGGAAAGCUGAAGUUUGUGAAGUUGAGCGGGGAAGAAAUCCCUUACCAAGCUCCUCCCAACAGCACGCUACGCGACGUGGCGCCCCAGCUGGCAAAAUUCUUUCCAGGUGGCUCCGUCCGACUGAUCGAUGAAUCUGGGAAAUUACUCUACAGUAAUGACCCACUUCCUCAGGAGGGUGUCCUGCAGGUGCAAGUAAUGGGAAUCGCUCCUGGUGCUUGGUCCGAGUUGUACUUUGGUGCCCUGGAAGGUUUCGAAGAGUUGCCGCUUCGCAAGGCCUUGGAAGCCGCCUGGCCCGGCGACUACCAGGGUUCUACUGAAGAUGAGGAGGAGCUGGACCAUUGGCAAAACGCGACCUUUCAGGAACUUCAAACGGGGAUUCUGAAGUCCUGCGGCUACUGGGCGGACUACUGGACCUUUGGGACUUCAGCGGACUCCUAUGGCUAUUGGUAUGUGCGGCCGCCCUAUAACACCAUGGCCCCCAGCGUGGAUCUCAUCGUCAACGAUGUCAAAAGGUGGCAAAAGAUUCUACUGGACUUGGAGGAAGAAUUAGCUCACUUACGUUCCCGCUGCUCCGGCUUUGAACUCUGUGAACACUUGGAGAUUGCAGUUGCUGCAUUGCUCCGCUACUGUCCAUCAUUUAUCACAGAGGUGACAUGGCAUGUGGGAUUUGAGAUGUGGUAUAUGCCUUUCGCCGAGCUCAUGUCCUGGUAUUUGAGUUCCACCGGUUUGGAAGAGACCCACACUAAUCUGCUGGAAACGGUCACCAAUGCGAUCCAUGGAUUUAGUAGCUACUCAUGGCCACCAAGUACAGCUGCAAUCGUUGCCUCCCAGGUGGCUCCCACGUUCAAGAAACAGUUCCAGAAGGUGGAUUCCACUGCGGAGUGGCUGGUGGCGCGGGCCAGCAUGGUGGCUCCGCCGGCGACGGCGGCUGAAACGAGCGCCGUUUCAGAGGACAGCCACUUGCGCUUUAUCGACUCAGUAGAUGCCCAGCGGGACAGCGAACGUGCUGCCAAUCUCCGCUACGCACUGCACCAGUGUCGCCAGGAUGCCAAAACUGGUUCGCCCCUGGAGUUUGAGAAUUUGCAGCAAUGGCAAGUCAUCCUUAUGAGAGGUCUUCUCUCCGAGAGGUGCGUCUUCCGAAAGCACGACGCCUACGCCAAGCGUGGGCGAGAACGCUACCCACUGGAGAGCAACACGGAGAGCAAAUUCAUGUAG